CUGUGCGCACACUUGAUAACUGCAAACAGGAAAUUAUCUGUGUUUGGGGAGGUGCACACACGUUUGUUUUAUUAGAGUCAUGCCCUUGAACGAUCGUUAGUCCUGCCUUUGUGACCAUUAGCAUUACAUUAUUUAACUUACCGUCCUGAAAGUAUAUUAGUGACAACACCAACAACAUGGGGUUUCUGUUGUCAAAAUCCAUGGAUGCAAAUUUUAAAAAGCAGCAAGAAUUCAUGCUCCACAAUUCACGGCUCCAGAUGGAACGUCAGAUCCUGAUGCAGAACCAGAUGAGAGAGAGACAGAUGGCCAUGCAGAUUGCCUGGUCCAGAGAGUUUCUCAAAUACUUUGGCACUUUCUUCGCAGUGGCUACCGUGGGACUCACCGUAGGGGCCAUCAAAAGAAAGAGACCAUUCCUACUGGGUCCUAUCAUACCUCUCAGCUUCAUACUUGCCUACCAGAUGGACAGUGCCUAUGGGACACUUGUUUAUCGCAUGAGAGGGGAGGCUGAGAGUAUCAUGGUGUCUGAACAUGACCGUCUGGACUUGCCUCACGGGACUCCGACUUUCGAUAGCAUCGAGAAGGCCCGACGUGCUCGAAGCAGCCUCACCUCCUUUUUGGAGAAAUGACAUGUUGGUUAUUUGAAAGAAAAUCAGGAUCGUCCAGUUCAUGCAUUCACCCAUACUGCUUUUAUUUAAAGGUACGCUCUGCAGGAUUUUCCUAAAACAACAGUUUAUAGACUCAUGUGAAAAUAUUCCCACUCAGUCAUCACUUACGGUGCUCUGGACAUGUGUGGCAGUGUCUGCAUCUGCAGAGGGUCAGCACAUUUCAACUGUGGGUUUACAAACUGCGUCCAGUACAUCCUGCAUAGAAUACCUUUAAUUAUGGACAUAAUGUCAAAUACCACCUGCCUUUUGAACAUUACCGAGUCUAUAGUUUGCACUAAUUUGUAAACACGGGGCUAUAUAAAUAGUUAUUGUUUUAUAUCAUGAGCGUCAAUUCAAACUAGUCUCAGUAUUUAAAUCCCAAAACCAGAUUACAUACUAAUACUGUACAGUUUACCAAAAACACCAACAAAUUUCAUCAUUUCAUGCUUACAUGUCAGAUGUUAAAUUGCAACUUUGGAAAGCUGCUGCCACUUAUACUUCAUAAAAACACAUCACAAUGGUUUUUUUUUU